AUGGCAGAUGGUAGUGGUGUUUGGUCACGUGCUUUGAAGCUUGUUGCUUCUGGUUUGGCCAUCACUGGUGCUACUUUGAUGCUCACUUCACGUCAAAAAGGAUAUUAUAGGGAUUCUUAUGUCCAUGUGGAGUUUAAUGACAUGCCAGCUUAUUGGUGCUUUAUAAUUGCAAAUUUGGUUCUUGCUGGUUUCACCCUUUUGCUCGUUUUUCUAAAUUGUCUUCCAGAAAAAAGUAAAUUGUGGCAAGUUGCAGUUGGUGUGGAUUUCGUUUUGACAGUGUUUCUGGCUGCAAGUUGCUCAGCAGCAUUAGCAGUUGCAACAAUGGAAUGUAAUGGAAACCCUCAUGCUCCUUUGUGUAGCAAAAGCAUAUUUGGUGUUUAUUGCACUCGAGUCUUCUUAGCUUGUGGAAUUAGUUUGGCUGGCUCACUCUUUUACAUCUCUCAGCUAUUAUGGUGCAUCCUCAAAGCAUUUAAUUCAGAUUAA